CGCACAGCGUACAGCUCUCGCAACAUGUCUUCAUUCACUCAGCCAGUGCCAGUAGUUGCCUGCGGCAGAAUACCCACGAUGGGGAAAUCAAUCUCCCAGCACCUACUGCCGGAAUACCAAGUCAUCCACUUCAUCCUGUCAUAUGAGGCUGCAGAGGCUGAGCUCCCGCAUCUGCUUGCAGGUCGCGAUCCUCAGUCUCGGAGUCCCAAUGAAAUCGGAACCCACGAUUACAGCCAGCCUCCUCGCGCGGUAAUCUUCGGUCGCGGCUAUGAGCCUCAGCAGGUUGAAGAACUUAAGAAGAAAUUCGCGGGUGUUCCCAAAGAACCUGUUGCUUGGGUGAGGGGGAACCCAGCGGACUUGCCUGCCGGGGCCGCUGGGCCUGAGUAUGCUCAGAAUGUCGCGGCGGAUAUGAAGAAGGUGCUUCAAAAAUGGAGGGACGGGGGAGGAAAGGAUGAGGAGGUUUUGGUGUACUAGUUGCUUUGUCGGGAGAGGUUAUCUAAUACCUUACUUUUUGCCAGUUCGAGUCUCCCUAACACAAAAUGAUUGAAGGGCCGAUAUCAAGGAUAUUUGUAAGUAGUU